UUGAAAAUAUAACUAGAAACCUAAUUGGAAAGGUUUACUGAUUAUAACUCAAGAUUUUAAAACAUGAAACCUGUCCAUUGUUCUAUUCAGAUUUUAGUGGAAUAACUGUUUUAUAUUGAGACUAAAGAAAUCAACAUCAAGUAAAAAACAUUGAAAUGCAACAUCAACACAAGCAUGGAUGUAAACAAACAGAAACUGAUUUUUCCAGCAGUUUGGAUACAAGUCCAACGAGGAUGUUUCAACCAGGUGUUUUGGACCGGAGAUUGGGUAACUAUUACAUCGGUCAGUCGCUGUCGUAUUGGUGUGGUCUGAGUCAAAUGUCGGCCAUACUUGAUUCAAAAAGUCACAAACAUGGAUCCUUGUUUGGUUUCAGCCCUGUAUUACGUACGGCAGUUGAUUCAAAAAAUCCCAGGAAAGGAUCUUUGUUUAGUGUUAGUCCUGUGUUCCAUACGGCAGUUCAUCAAGUUCCAGAAACAAUAGAUGGAAAAUUCUGUGCCAAUGGGUGUAAACCUAGCACCCCUAUCGACAUGGACUGCUCCAGUGAAGCUACGUCACGCUUAUUUCCAGUUCGCUCGUCAGAUGCGUUGUCUCAAGAAGCAAAGAAAAGUAACGCUGGCUUUCCCUCUACAAAUCUUCAUUACAGAGCAAGUAAAGAGAAUGAUCAAUUUGGUGCCAACAAACCCAGCAACGAAAUAAAACGAUAUAAUUCUACUGUGCAUUACCUUCCUUCUGAAGAGCGGAGUGAGCAUCAAUGUAGACAAGUCGAUUUCAGAUAUGCAUCGAAACAUUCAGAUAUCGAUAUUUCAGCAAAACUUGCUCUUGCCAAAGCCUUCAAGAGACCGAGAAACAGGACGACCUUUACUGCACACCAGCUGGAGUAUCUGGAAAUGGCAUUUCGCAAAGCUCCGUACCCGGAUGUCGUGGCACGCGAGGAUCUUGCCCGGAAGUUGUGCCUUCACGAGUCACGUGUUCAGGUCUGGUUUCAGAACCGUAGGGCCAAGUGGAGAAAAGGGGCGGAGAAAUGCUGCAAGGCGAAUAACUCUUACAAUGACGUAUCAGGAAGUGACGUGAAAGAUCACGCAGCUGGUCAUCUUGUUCACGUGAUGCCGUCACUUGAUCCACGUGACCCUGAAAGCAUAACGUCUGCAUCUACUGUGGAGAUGAGUCACGAUAGGGAAAAGUCUCCACAGAAACAGCCACCACGUGACAUUUGGGCAUUUCCGGUUCAUAAGCAGACGACAGUCUCGUUCUCAAACACCCAGUUCCCGUUUGUGCCCAGGACGUGGACAGCGACGCCUACUUUGGGAGGCGUGCCCGAUAUGACGUCACAUCCUUUCACACCACCCCCGCCUCUCUUGACCACAGUGAGAUUACAGUGUGGCAUAUGGCCGCGGAUCUGAUGGGGAAUCCUGAUACACAUAACGUUUUAGUUCCAGAGAUUAUAGCCUGCAUCACUGUUGAGAUUUGAGACGCGUCUCACUAAAAAAAUUAAA